GCGUUUCUGCAUUCGCUGUUAGGAAGGAGGGACUCGCCUUUACACACACACACUCUCUCACACACACCACACACACACAAACACACACAGAGAGCGAUAUCGAGCAUGGAAAAGAAGUGUGAAUUUUGGCUCUCGUCGUCAUGAAGAUGGCUGUGAUCGGUGCACUACUGGUUUUUGGGCUUUUUAGCUCGAGCUGCAUCCUUGCUGUCAAAGUGAACAAACACAAACCGUGGAUUGAGACUUCCUAUCAUGGAGUGAUUACUGAGAACAUGGACACUGUAUUGUUGGACCCUCCACUAGUAGCCUUGGACAAAGAUGCUCCCAUUCCUUAUGCAGGAGAGAUUUGUGCUUUUAAGAUCCAUGGGCGGGACACUCCUUUCAAGGCAGUGGUAUUAAACAAGACAUCAGGGGAAGGAGUAUUGAAAGCAUCUGGUCCCAUUGAUUGUGAGCAACAAAAGGAGUUCACCUUCAUCAUUCAGGCUUACGACUGUGGGGCGGACGACUCGGGAACGCACGGUUGGAAAAAGAGCCACAAAGCAGUGGUCCACAUCCAGGUCGAGGACGUGAACGAGUUCUCUCCUUUUUUCCAUGAGCCGGUGUACCAGGCCACAGUGACAGAGGGGAAGAUUUAUGACAGCAUUGUGCAAGUGGAGGCCUGGGACCAGGAUUGCUCAGCCCAGUACAGCCAGAUCUGCAACUAUGAGAUCAUUACGCAAAACACACCUUUUGCUAUUGACCGCAAUGGCAAUAUUCGAAACACGGAACAUUUAAGUUAUGACAAGCAGCAAUACUACGAGAUCAUGGUGAGCGCAUAUGACUGUGGCCAAAAGAGGGCAAAAGAGAGUGUGCUUGUCCAAAUCCACAUCAAACCUAUGUGCAAGCCUGGCUGGCAAGGAUGGAGUAAGCAAGUGGACUACGAGCCCGGGACAGGCAGCAAGCAGCUGUUUCCAGUGAUGCACCUCGAGACGUGUGGUGGCCCCAUAUCCUUGGUACAAGUCACAGUGCAGCUGCAGACUAGCCACAUCGGGAAGGGCUGCGACAGAGAAACCUACUCUGAGAAAUCGCUGCAGAAGCUCUGUGGUGCAGCUUCAGGCAGUGUAGAUCUUCUCCCUGCCCCGAGCACUUCAACAAAUUGGACAUCGUCACUCCUGACAGACAGCGGACGAGACAGUGACCUCGUCUUCCACUUCGAUGGACACCAGGCAGCUAAUGUUCCAGAAAUGGUGGUGCCUCAGAACCUCACUGAACAAUUCACCAUUGCCACAUGGAUGAAACAUGGGCCGAGUCCUGGACUGAGAGGCGAGAAGGAGACGCUGCUAUGUAACUCGGACAAGACAGAGAUGAACAGACACCAUUACUCACUGUAUGUGCACAACUGUCGUCUGGUCUUCUUGCUGCGGAGGGACUUCACGCAGACGGACACAUUCAGGCCAGCCGAGUUCCACUGGAAGUUAGAGCAGAUCUGUGAUAAAGAAUGGCACUACUAUGUAAUUAAUGUGGAGUUUCCUGCUGUGACUCUUUUUGUCGACGGAGUUACCUACGACCCCUACCUGGUAACAGAUGAUUGGCCCAUUCAUCCCUCGCAGAUUGAUGUGCAGCUGACAGUUGGUGCCUGUUGGCAAGGAGGAGAGGUGACGGUUCCGCGUUUCACACAGUACUUCCGUGGAAGUCUCUCGGGACUCACUAUCCGUCCUGGAAAGAUCGAGACACAGAAGGUAAUCUCCUGUUUACAGGCCUGCAAGGAGGGUCUGGACAUUAACUCAAUGGAGAGCCUAGGGAAAGGAAUCAAGUUCCACUUCAACCCAGCCCAGUCAGUGCUAGUGAUGGAAAGUGAUGACCUGGAGAACAUUAACACAGCCAUGGCAAAGGUCUCCUACAUUAACUCGAGACAGUUCCCUACUCCAGGCUUGCGCACACUACAUGUAUCCACUACCAUUCAAUGUUUCGGUGAAGACUCGUGUAUUUCCAUCCCAGACAUAAAGACAGCGGUGAAGGUGAUGGUACCCAGCGAGCCACAGAUCAUCAUAACAGGCACAGCACGUGUCACAAUACCCGCAGCCGAGCUCCGUGCCGCUCUUGGGGUGGCCCUGUUCAAAGAGAUUCACAUCAUCAGCACGGUCACCAGGAGUGACGGGACAUUCAGCUUGGGUCACAGACCUGGAAUUCUGGAGGUAAUGCACAACCUUGAUUACUGUGAUGUGUUGGUCAUUGGGGAGGAACUGAAUCCAGAGCAUGAGAGUCUAGAGAUCCAUCAAAGCUCUCUACUUGGAAAACACUUGGAUGCCACUAAUUCCACAUCUGGCAUCUCUAUCUAUGGUGUGGACUCCAUGGCAAAUUAUGAGCUGGCUAUUCGGCAGGUGAGGUACCGCAACUGGCAGCCAGCCAGCCUGUCAGAGAGAAGAUUCAGGCUCAGCUGCUCAGAGCUCAAUGGCCGUUACACCAGCAACAACUUUAACCUAGAGGUACGAAUAGUUCACAGUGUAGAGACUGUAGAACAUGUAAAUCAAAUGGCUGUCCAAUCCCAGUACAUGAGACCCAUCCAUCAUCCACUGGUCUUCCACACCAACUCGAAAUACAUGCCAGAUACGUCUGCAGUUGCAACAGUAAUGAUAGUGAUGUGUAUCACUGCCCUGGUGGUCAUCAUGGUGCUGGGAAUCUACCGCUUUCAUUCUGUCUAUCUAGAAGGACUGAAAGAGAAAGAAGAUGAAUGGAAGGACCCAGAAAUAGUCUGGGAUGACACAACCUUCACCAUUACUGUCAAUCCUAUGGAGACCAUCGACAGUUCUCAGAAUGCUGCGGAUAUCGAGGAGGAGUGUCCUGAGAAAGACGACGAAUAUGUUGAGGAGAAGGACGAUGAUGAACUGGCUAGGAGCCUGUCCAGUGCAGACUCCCAUGAUAGUGAAGACGAAGAAGAAGAAGAAGAGUACACAAAGGUUGAGAGAGGAAGAAUGAAGGGCAAACUAGUGUGGGAUGAGUCCACUUUACCCUAUUAACACCCGUCCUCAACGCUCACUCUCAGGAGACAUGCACUAAAAAAAAAUUUUAAUCAGAAAUUGCUGCCUGAAAAUCUUUGAAUAUUAUCUAACUGACCCACCCUGGUUUUUUUUGUUUGUUUGUUUGUUUUUUCUGACACAUGAUGUGUAGUCUGUUAAAUGGCCAGCAAUGGAACUGCAUCAACAUGUCCUCACUAAAUUCAAGCCCUUGCUUCCUGUGUUUAAUGAGCUUAAAUAUUAUCAACCCAAGAAAAAAAACAAGACUUGUCCAAAAUUUCAGGUGGCAGUAUUUGGUAAUGCUCGAAAAACAUUGUCACAAAAAGUGAUCAUGAAGUCUUAAUAUCGCAACAUGUGGUUAAUGGUUAUUAUCCUUAACAACUAACUUACUGACCACUUGAUUUUGUGUGGCAGAAAGGUUUUUUUUUUGUCUAACAAAUAACACUGAAGAAUUUAUUUUUAAUGUAAAAUCAUUUUUAUUGCAUUUAAUAUUUAGAACGUUAAAUAGAUUUUGCUUGACACGUUCUAAGAACAGAGGUUUUUCUUUCUUCUUUCUGUUGAAUUUCUUUUCUUUUGAAUUGUAUUCAAAGAAAGGGUGGCUGUACAAUUUUAUAUGCCUGUAUACUGUAAAUAGUAAGCUGUCGAGUAGAAUGCAUCCCCUCCAUGUCACCUGUUUUGUGGGAAAAAAAAAAAAAGCCUCUCUGGUUAGUAGUGUCUCUUUGAUAUCUUUAUCCUUUUUCACAUAAAAGAGUAGAAAUGGAAAAUAAUGAUGUGUCCAAUUUUCUAUCAUAAAUUCAGAUUUAAAGGAAAAGAAAGAAUGUUUGUUCUUUACCCUCUGGUUAAAAAUACCAGUUGUGUAAAAAUAGUCCCAUGUCAUGUUUAGUAGUGAGUUCUGUGUGUCAUUUAUCCUCAAAGCAAUGCAAGAGAAAAGCCAGGAAUUAUUGUAGGGGAAAAAUGGCUUCUGAAGAUGAGGGCUUGGUGCCAUUUUGUCGAUCCAUUAAGAGCAUAUGCAUUCACUGAGGAGACUUGUUUAACUAUAUAGUAGGAUAAAAAUCAAGAUGGAUGUUAAUGUAGUCAUUCUUCUGUAGCUGGAAAUUGCUUGUUGUUCCCACUCUGUGAUCUAAGCUAGGAAAAGGUCAUUUGCUUUAUUUAUUUAUUUCCACACUGUGUUACAUGUAUGUUUUUUGUAACUGUGCUUGCCAUUUAUCAUGCUUGUAAUACCAUGGUCGUGAGAUUUUCAACCCCACCCCACUGUUACAUGUGUUACAUCGUUUAAGAUAUCUUUAAAUUGCUCUACUUUUAUUUUGUAAAUGCUUUAAGGUAUGCAUUUUCUCUGGUGGUCACUACAGCACUUUCUGUAUAUUGACCAAUAAAGACAUUUCUUUAGAAUAAA